AUGGCCAACGGCUCUGACCCAAUCACGUCCCCCCAGUCGCCCACCGACAACGCCUCUCAGGCAGGUCGUAGGCAGCACGGGCUGGCAAAUCCACCGAUCGACCUCUCCACAUCGCCAUGCAGCGACGCCUCGGACCGUCAACCGGCGUGGGGGGCGCACAGCCGGGCGCUUGCGUUUUGUGUAGCCCUCACAACUACGGCGGAGGCCCACGUGACUGGCCGGUGGGCGGAGGAGUGGAAGGGCACAGGAGUGGGUGGUGGCGGCGUGGGCGGCCGACAGCGGUUUGCGAGAGCGAGCACAACGGGCGUAACGUCGGAGCGUAUGGCCGCGUAA